AACAACCCCAAAUGAAAUGUAAUAAAUCCUGAAUCUUUCCACUAAAGUUGUAAAAUAACGAAUUGAUCAUACAUAAAAUGGCAAUUGGAGAAACUUUCCUGUCAGCAUUUCUACAAGUGUUGUUUGAGAAGCUAAUGUCCCCUGGAGUUAACAUGUUCAUGAAGCUGGUGAACAGAGGAGGGAUAAAACAAGAACAACAACAAACCUUAAAACAAUGGGAAAAACAACUAAGAAUGAUAGAGGCCGUAUUAAGUGACGCGGAGCUGAAGCAAGUCGAAAGCAAUAACAACAACAAUGGUGUUAAGUCAUGGAUGAUGGAUCUUCAAGACUUGGCUUAUGACUUGGAGGAUGUGUUGGAUGCGUUUGCUACUCAAGCUCAAUUUUACGAGUUGAUGAUCAAACAAGAUAACCACGCCCGUGUUUCCAACUCCAACUCCAACUCCAACUCCAACUCUAACUCUGCUCGUUUAACAAAUAACAACAUGGUACAAAGCAUUGUUGUUGGUGGGGCAAAAGCUGUAGAACAUCUGUCCUUAAUGUUUAACACUGGCCAAGAUUUUUCAGCACGGAUAGAAGAGAUUGAUCAGCAAUUGAAAGAAAUAUUGAGCCAGACUGAGGGCUUAGGGCUUUCAGUUCAUUUGAUGCAUCAACAAGUAACUCCACAAAGAACAGAACGACAAUGGAAAAGCUGGAGAGAAUCAACUUCUUUGUUAUGUGAGCCAUUUGUUUAUGGACGGGAAGGUGACAGAAUAGAGAUCACACAUCGAUUACUGAAUGACGAGAACUCAAGUCCUGGCAAUAACUAUGUUGUCAUUCCUAUUGUUGGAAAAGGAGGCAUUGGUAAGACGACUCUUGCUCAACUCGUGUACAAUGAUGAGCAAGUUGACGUGUUUGCUCUAAAAGCAUGGGUUUACGUAUCUCAAGUGUUUGAUGCUAAAAGAAUAACAACAUCAAUUCUUAAUUCAAUCACUGGUGAAACCAACACGUUUUGUGAUCUCAAUCAAGCUCAAGUGAGAUUAAAGCAAGUGCUAACAAAUAAAAGAUUCUUGAUCGUGCUUGAUGACAUGUGGACUGGGAAAUAUAGUGAUUGGAACGACCUAAGAACCCCAUUAAGAGCAGGGGCGAAGGGAAGUAGAGUUGUGGCUACCACGAGAAGCCAGAAAGUGGCAAGGAUCAUGAAUCCUCAUCCGAAUAGUAUGAUCUCGUUGGAGUAUCUUUCGGAUGAUGAUUGUUGGCAUCUAAUUAUGCAACAUGCGUUUGAUGAUGCCAAUAUUGCUUUAAGCCCAAAUUUCAGCUCAAUGAGAGAUGGCAUGAUUAAAAAGUGUAAAGGCAUUCCCAUGGUAGCGAAAGCUCUUGGAGGCCAUUUGAGGACCAAAGUGGAGGAGAGUGAAUGGCAAGAGACGCUCGACUAUGAUACUUUGAGCAUGGAUGAGAACAGGGUAUUGCAGGUGUUGGAGUUGAGUUUUCAUGACCUCCCAUCCCAUUUGAAACGGUGUUUUGCUUAUUGCUCUAUUUUCCCAUAUGAUCAUAUCUUCACGGAGAAGGAUGUCAUCUUAUUAUGGAUGGCUGAAGGCCUUUUACCAGGAAAUGUGGGAAACAAGCAAAUGGAAGACAUAGGCCAUGAGUAUUUUCAUGAUCUAGUAUCAACAUCAUUUUUUGAUCGGAGCUUGAAGGGAUCUGAAUACUUCAAAAUGCACAGCCUACAAAGUGAUUUAUCCCGACAGGUUGCAGGUGAUAUAUGCUUUGCAAUAAAGGAUAUUUCUGUAAGUAAUGAUUCGCAGAAGGCUUCUUGUAGAGCUCGACAUAUAUCCUUCUCUAAACUAGAUGAACAUGAAGAUUACAAAGAUCUUUUUCCCCUAAAAAAGGUCAGCCACUUUCGUACUUUUGCUCAUUUUAACAAGCAUAUUCAUCCCGGUUCUUCAAUUCAAGUACUUGAUCUUGUAAGAAAGUUUGAAUGCAUGAGGGUGCUGCAGCUACCUCACAUGGAUGUUAAAAAUUUUCCUGAUGCUAUUGGUGAUCUUAAACUCUUAAGGUAUCUUAAUCUCUCGUAUAAUAGUAUUGAAGAAUUGCCGGACUCUAUAAGCAACCUUGUUAAUCUCCAGACUCUGUUGUUAAAAGGCUGUAGCAAACUUCAAAAGUUGUUAACAAAUAUGAGAUGCCUAACUAACCUUCGCCAUGUGGAUAUUGAUGGAACCUCCGUGCAGGAGAUGCCAUCCGGGAUAGGGAAUUUGGCGAACCUGCAAACACUGCAAAAUUUUAUCAUAGGAACUAAUGCACCCAUCAUAAGAGAGUUGAAGAACAUGAGAUAUCUUAGGGGAAAGCUAACAAUAACUGGAUUAGAAAAUGUGGUAAACUCCAAUGAUGCAGAAGAAGCAAGGUUGCAUGAGAAAUCAGGUCUUGAUGAGUUGGAAAUGGUAUGGGAAUGGGGAAGCUUUACUAACGGGGUUGAUGACAACACAAAGAUAGAUGUGCUUCAUCAGCUGGAGCCUCACAAAUCUACAAAAGUGUUAACUAUUAGGAACUAUAAGGGAGUGACAUUCCCAAGUUGGUUGGGAGACCCUUGUUUCAUUAACAUGGUUAUCAUAAAUUUAGUAGGUUGUGAGAGAUGUGAAUUUCUACCACCACUAGGGAAGCUUCCCUCGUUAAAGGAACUUAUGAUUCAAGAAAUGCGUGGCCUUAAAACAGUAGGUUGUGAUUUUCAAGGUGUUGGUUGUUCAGACCCGUUUCCGGCAUUGAGAACUCUGAGAUUCAAGUCUAUGAAUUCUUGGGAGAGUUGGUUGCAGACAUCAGCUGAUAACAGGGGAUUCUCUUGCCUUGAAGAGCUUUCAAUCAAAGAUUGUCCAUCUCUACAGCAAUAUUUACCUUCCUGUCUCCCUUUGCUACAAACACUUGAGAUACAACAUUGCAAGCAGUUAUAUGCCUCACUUCCAAGCCUCCCUCGACUCCAAAAGUUGAUAAUAGAUGACUGUUCAUCCCUAGUCAUGGUUGAUCAGCUACCUUUCACCCUGCGGCAAUUAGUUAUCUCUAGUUGCCAGAAGCUACAGUUUGUGGAAUUUGGGGAAUCAUAUUCCUCCAGUGGUGAAAAGAUUUCUCUGGAGGUUGUGGAGGUUGUCAAUUGCCAAAGUCUGUCAACUUUGUUGUGUAAAGAUCGCCUUCAAGCACAUAGUGGAAAUAUUGAGCUUUUACUGUUUGAACAAGGUUUAUGCCCGUCUAAACUGUCUCUUCUCACCACAUUAACAAUAAGUGAAUGUCCUUAUCUUAUCUCAUUUCCAGAAGAUCUUGUUCUCUCUGGCCUACGAAAUCUUCUGAUAUCAGUUUGUCGAAACCUGGAGUCUCUCCCAAAUCAAAUGCAUAACUUCACUUCCCUCCAAGACUUAAUUCUUACAAAUUGUCCAAAAAUACACUACUUUCCAAAAGGCGGUCUACCCAUGAACUUGAUUUCACUCUACUUGGAUGGCCUUAGCAUGGAACAACCAAUGCAAGAGUGGGAGUUGCAGAACCUUAAUUCUCUUGAAAAGCUCUCAAUUUCUGAUGUAGGGUGGUCAUCAAAUUCAAUACAUACCUUCCCAAAUCAGGAUAUUGAUCUUCCCUCAUCAUUACUUGGAUUAGCCAUUAGUGGUUUCCCAAACUUGAAAUCGGUAUCUUGCUUACGUAUUCUGAAUCUAAGUUCCCUUUAUAUUAGGAGAUGUAAAGAACUCGAAAACUUUGUUGACAAUUCUCUACCUCGUGGACUUAAAGAAUUAUGGGUUGUUCAAUGUCCUUUGCUGAGAGAUCAAAUGGAAAGGGAUCCUCUUCGUCAUACUCUAUCGUGCAUUACUCAUCUGCGUGUAUACUAGUAAUCUUGCUUGAAGUCCCUGUAAUGAUACUUGCGGACCUGAAAGGAAGACAGAGACUGAAGCAGCUGACGAAGGUCAGAUAGAUAUCCAGAUGACCGAGGUAGGAUCCGAAAUGUGGCCGAGCAGAAGACAAACAAGAUCCGAAGAAGAAUACAAGGAUGGUGGAAUAGUCCGUACAAGGAUUGUGUAAGUCUCAGCAACUCGCUUGAAAAAUCAGAGUAGAUAUUAUUUGCUGCUUAAGAUGCUCAUAAUCUUAUCACUUUGAUUAAGUAUUUUGUUAGGCCAUGGUGCAUAGUUUUAUCGAAAAAUAGGCUGGUUUUCACAAAUUCUUAUUUACAAUGGGUGCACAAUAAAUAUUGUACACCGGAGUAAAAGUUGACUCAAAAUGCUUAAAAGUUACAUUUAUAUAUGUAAAAGUUAUCUAUUUUUUAAUGAUAAAUUUUUUCAUUUGAAUAAAAAUUAUUUCUUCAAAAUCACUAAUAAUGUAUAAAUUAAUCGUUUGACCCUUUAAAAUGUUUAUCUAACUUUAUAAUAUAAAAGUUACAGAAAAAUAGGUUAAAGUUAUGAAAAUUUGCAUAAAAGUUAUCUUGGUGUACAAUAAAUUUAUUGUACACCUUGUGCGCGCAAGACCUUUUGGCUGAUUUUCUAUUUUUUCAAAAUGCAAUUUUGCAUCGUACUUAACUACUUUUCAAGUUUUCAGGGUUAUAACUUUGGGGCUGUUGUAGUCUUGUAAAACAACUUUUACCAACUCAAGUGGCCUCAAGUUUGAUAUGAAUCACCAUUAUAAUUUCAUUGUAGUCUAUUGGCUGAAAUUUAAUUUGAUUCAGGAAACAGUAGAUCGAUAUUAGUUUUAUGGUGUAGGUUGUUCAGACCUUUUUCUGGCAUUUGAGAACGCUUUAAUGUUUAACUCUGUGACUUCUAGGCAGGAUUGGUUGCAGAUAACAAGGGGAUUCUAUUGCGUGCUUUCAAUCAAGGAUUAUCCAUCUCUACAGACUACAGCAAUCUUUACCUUCCUAUCUUGAAAUACAAAAAUUGAUAAUCUUGCAUCAAGUCCGAUCCCUGCAGUAAUGAUAAGCUCAUACCAUACAUCCCAACUCCCAAGUAUUCACUGUUUUUUUUCCUGUUAUUCUAGUCUUUUAUUACCCUUUGUUUUGCAAGUUGUAUUUGUAGUACUUGAGUUGUGGAGUACGAGAUUACAGGCAUGAGAACGCGCAUUGCAAAUCAGAAAGGCCAUAGCCGACCAAUUUUAGUCAUUCUUCAGUUUUCCUGUCAAGGCCAUAGUCAAUUUCUAGUAAACUUGCUGCUUAAUUGAUCUGAUAGCAAGUGACAGAUUUCCUCGAUCAGAAAGCAUCUGAGGAAGGAAUACUGGAACAGUAUGGCCUGGGAAUCGAACGGGAUAGAAAAUUAGCGUGACUUGUCAGUUUACACUUCCAUUGAUUCUUUCUAAAAUGAUCCAUAUCGCAUCUGCAGCACUUGUUCUGGUGUAUACUAUUCUUCUCGGUUAAAGUUGCUACGAAAUAUAUACUCCAGUAUAAAUA